AUGGAGGUAUGGAUUCGACCUCCUUCGAAUCGGUUCAGCUCUAGGAAGCUCAGUCCUCAGGAGCGGGGUAGCUUCCUCUCCCUGGCAGACAAACAGCAGAUGUUCCCCAAGUCUAUCAUCACUGCUAGCGCCAUUGGACUUGCCACACUCGGCAUGGUACAGGCUGCCCCUCUGAGCACCGAUGAGCUCCAGGGCCUCGCUCUGAUCAACCAAGCCCGCCAGAAGGUCGGCCAAGCCCCUCUUGCCUGGGAUGAUGCCCUCAAGCAGGAUGCCCACGUCUGGUCCGGCAACCUUGCCGCUGACAACAAGCUUGAGCACGCGCCUGCCUCUGACCGCAACGGCGCUGGUGAGCUUCUCAGCAUGUUCCGCACUGAGGACCGCAACUCUGUUCAGAUGACUCGUCCCAUCACUGAGUCCUCCAAGAACUGGCUCAACGCCGACGGCCAGCAGCAGGCUGCUGAUGUUAUCAAGCAGCUUGGUCUUGCUGAGCAGCUUCUCUCGGGUAAGGCUACUCGCAUCGGAUGCGCCACCUCUACUAUCAACGGCAACUCGGAAUCACAGUGGUUUCUUUACACUGUCUGCCGCGUUCACGCUGACAUUCAGCCGUACGUGUUCUUUGCUUUGUCUUCUUUACUGGCUUGUUCUGACCUGUGUGUUUGCAGUGCUGAGAACAACUCCCUUGACCGCCGAGGUGGCGGUUCCGGUGUCAUGACCUGGUUCAACCCUUCGCUGGGCUCCUGUGGUAGAACCAACGGAGACAACGACAUGGUCGUCGCAAUCUCCCACAUCACCAUGGGUGAUGCUGGAGGCAACCCCAACAACAACCCCAACUGUGGCAAGACCAUCACCAUCUCCCGCGGCGGUAUCACUAAGACUGCUACCAUCGUCGACAAGUGUAUGGGUUGUGGUGUCGACCACAUUGACGUCAGCCCUGCCGUGUUCAGGGCCUUUGCCGACCUUGGCGCUGGCAAGAUUGGAGAUGUCAAGUGGAGCUUCUAA